AUGCUACGAAAGCUAUUCGAGCAAGCCAAAGCCCCAGCAGCUCAAAAACUCAGUCGAAAGGACCCAGAUUUCAAGACGCCUCUCCCUGAUUUUAAAGGCCAAAGACGUGACCCCUGGAAUUACAAAGGUGGCAUCCCUUCAUCCAAAAUAUCAACUGAAAUGAGAUACCGUCACUCCCCCGCCCUCGAUAUGCAGCCUCGCGAUAUCAGAAUUAAAACUUGGCUUGCUUUAUUUGCCUUUAUUGCCUGAUAUGUCGGCGUCUUCACAUUUAUCGCCCAUCGUUUAUCCUCAGAUGACCUUGACACCCUUGAAAAAGAUGCCAGGCAACAAAUAGAAAUCAGGAAAAAAAUCAAACAAGAAUUUAUUGAUGAUGAAGAAUAA